AUGGGAAUGUUAAUAACCGUAUUAUGGAUCGGUUCAUUGCGCCGUUCCAUUGAAGGUGCCAACUUCCCGUACCCCUUCAAUCAGCAAAUUCAAGCGGAAAAUCUUUUCAAUGCAACAGCAAAAACAAAUAUUGAAGAAUUGCCAUUGGAUAGAGUUAAAGCAAUUAAACGAAAGCUUCCUUUGCUAUCAGUCUAUGUUCUGGAAGAUAAAAUAUGCAAGCAAUUACUAAUGGGCUCAAGAUACUCAAAAAUGUCACAAAUGAGCAAAUACAUAACAACAGUGGACAAAAGUAGUGAUGAACAUCUGGAUACUUCCUGUGACGCUAUCCGGCAACGAGCCUUUUAUCCUACAACGCCAUUCUCAAGUGCUGAAAAAAAUUUCCCAAUUGCAUUCAUCAGGAUUGUUUACAAGGAUUUUCAUUUGCAAGAACUUCUGUUCAAUUUGAUGUAUGCACCACAAAAUUUGUACUGCUAUGCAUUAGAUGCCAAGUCCACAUCAUUGUUUCAUUCACAAAUGCGCAAUUUGUCAAGGUGUUUCCCGAAUGUAUUAUUAACCCGACAGGAAUAUGAGGUUGAUAGUGCGGGACAUAACACUUCGCGCAGUUUUCUGGAAUGCUUGCGUGCAAUACGAAGUUUGCCAGAUUGGAAAUAUGCUAUCUUAUUGCAGAACAAUGAUAUCCCAGUUAAAAGCAAUCGAGAGAUGGUACAAAUUUUAAACGCUCUUAAUGGAAGUAACGAUAUCAACGUUGGGUAUCCGAAUGCAGAUCGUGUACCUAAGGGCGCUCCCUGGACAUUUCGAGCACUCGCACUCUUCAACGACGACAAGCAGAACGAUGAUCGCAAGUUACGGAUAGCAAAAGGAAGUACAUCAGCAUCAUUGAGUUAUUCAUUUGUAGAAUUCGUUGUUGACAAGUUGAAUCUGACUAUUUUGCUUGAUAAGUUCGAUCGUCUAAGCUACGGAGGUGAUGAAAUGUUGUUCUCAUCAUUGAAUUCCGAGGACUCUUUGGGUGCACCUGGUGGAUUCACACGGCAGUGCAUUAAUGUUUAUAACAAUAUGAUCACCAGGUAUUUUAUUAUCAUUGUUACUAUUACUUAUAAUGGUGCACCUGGUGGAUUCACACGGCAGUGCAUUAAUGUUUAUAACAAUAUGAUCACCAGGUAUGUGGUAUGGAAAAAGUCCACGAAACACUGCCGGAGUGGUCAUUAUCGCCACGACAUUUGUAUAUUUGGUAUUGCGGAUUUACCCACCAUGACUACUUCUGGAGCUCUAUUUGCAAACAAAAUGCUUCCGGAAUAUGAUUAUACAGCAAUCGGUUGCUGGGCUCAUGCUCUUCAUAAUCGGACUUACUCCGCUGCUGAAAUCAUGCCUAAAAAACUCAGUUAUUAUAUUAAUCGUUUACCGGUUCGAUUUCACAACGAACGAGAAAGAUGGAAAUCCAACUUAUCAGCUUUUGAUUGCUCUUGUUAUUGA